GAUGCUGGUGGUCUUCAAGUCUGCACCCAUCCUAAAACGAGCCCUUAAAGUUAAGCAAGCCAUGAUGCAGCUAUAUGUACUCAAAUUGCUAAAAGUGCAAACCAAAUACCUUGGGAGACAGUGGAGAAAAAGCAACAUGAAAACUAUGUCAGCCAUCUACCAGAAAGUCCGACAUCGUCUUAAUGAUGACUGGGCAUAUGGGAAUGAUCUUGAUGCUCGUCCCUGGGAUUUUCAAGCUGAGGAAUGUGCACUUAGAGCCAAUAUUGAGCGGUUCAACUCUCGACGUUAUGAUCGGACUCACAAGAAUCCUGACUUCCUACCUGUUGACAACUGCCUUCAAAGUGUGCUCGGACAACAUGUAGAAUUGCCAGAAGACUUUCAGAUGAACUAUGAUCUUUGGCUAGAGAGAGAAGUUUUUUCAAAGCCCAUAUUAUGGGAAGAGUUAUUACAAUAA